UGAAAUUACAAUAAAAACAGCUAUUGUAACUAGUAAAAAUAUAAAGUAUAUUCGAUGAUUUGAUUUUAAUAAAAUGUUAAACACUAAGAAUGAAAGAAGGAUACGUGAAAGACUCAGAAUAAUUCAAAAACAUGCAAAUCUAAGAGGUCUAAGCUUAGAAGCUUUGGAACAAUAUAAUUACAUUUGUAAUUUAGAACAAGAUAAGAAGUUAAGACACAAGGAUGUCGUUAUAGUGAUGAUAGCAUUUUUUGUGGUUUUGUCGCUAAGCGGUGCUUGGGUCAAUAGUAUUUUAUCUGUAAGAUGCGUAAUACCUGCUAAUUAUUUGGUGUGGGAGGCGACUCGACCUUUAGCUGAUUGUGCCUAUUGCGAGAACGUUACGGAGCCAAUUAUUUUAUACAAUGUUACUAGGCAGGAGUUUGCUGAGUAUUCAUAUUCCUCCAAGCCCAUCAUAGUAAAAAACGCUAUUAACCACUGGCGAGCAACUAAGGAGUUCAGUUUUGAUUUAUUCAAAAGACUGUAUCUACAUACCGACGGUAGCUAUGAGAGCUUUGAUGAAGGAUGUCAGUUCCUUAAUUUUAAAAGUGAUUUGUUCACACUAAGAGAAGUGUUUGAAAUGUCUGAUGAAAGAGCUAGAAAUGAACCAGGACAAUAUCCUUGGUAUGUGGGGUGGGGCAAUUGUCAUCCUGACAUACAAGCUACAGUCCGACAGUAUUUUGAAAUUCCACACUUCUUGCCAGAUGAUGCUGAAUUUUCAGCUACAGAAAAUAUAUUUUUUGGAUAUGAAAUUGGAGCUGUCAUGCACUUGGACUAUAUUUCAAGGCUAAUGUGGCAAGGCCAAGUAAAAGGUAGGAAGAUAUGGUCUGUGGCCCCAGUGCCUGACUGUGAUCAUGUCUGUAAUAAGUUUCAGUAUUAUGUUGAAGCAGGUGAUAUUGUUUUAUUGGAUACUCGAAUAUGGUAUCAUGCAACUACUAUUCCCAAGGGAGAAUUCUCUAUGACAGUGCAAUCUGAAUAUGGAUGACUGAAGCAAUUCUUAUGUGAUUAUAAGUACAAAAUAUAUUUUUAAUUUUUACAUUAUCUAGUGACCA